GCUCAGCUUCUCUCUCAGUCUAGAGAGAACAAGGGGCAGCUAAUGAAGGGUGCAGGGAGCAGCUCGCCUGGGUUCACGUCAGCCACUCAUUCCCCCUCCAAACUCCAUGUCCUAUCCAUGGGUUGCCUGCAGAUGGGAGAAGGGGAGACUGCUCCAUUCCCUGUCUUUUGCUAGCACAAGGAUGAUAUAGAGCAUCAUGAUCCCUGAGCAGAGGCUGAAAUGGGGAUGUAGGAGCCCCAGGAAGCCUUGUCAUCCUCCUUACAGCCCUCCCUGCUGUGCAGUGCCCAUUGGGAGCUGUGUUUUACAGCCCAUGCUUUCGGCCAGGACCUGACCAAAGAGAGUGUGCAGCCCCUCCAGGUACAAUGUGUGGUCUCUUAACACCACCUGAUCAGCCAGGCCUGAUCCUGCUCCUGAGAAACCCAUUGAAUGGCUGGAAAAAAUGUUUUCUGACAGGAUGGAGAUAUUCAGGGGAGUUGCCAAGCAACUGGCGCAGCUCCUUUCCUCCCUCUGAGCAGUGAGCAGGCAGGGGAUGGCUGCAUCCCUGCAUCCCUCUGCCUGGCCAGCCCAGCGCUGGUACCCCAGAGGAGGUACCAACAGGGAGUGGGAAAAACAGGGACUGGGAAAGGCAGGGGCUGUUCAUGGGAGGGAGAACGAUGCUUUUAGCCAGUGGGAAUGACCAUUCCUGCACACCCAACCUAUGGCAAAUCACUGUCAGCAGCAGGGCUAGAGAGAGGCUUUCUCUUCUAACCCAUUUCUGAGCUGAGCAGCUUCCUUUUGAACUAGUCCUAGAAAUGUGUGCUAACACAUGGAGCAAAACACCCAGGAGGACUCAUUAUAACCCGAGUUUCAUUAGUGUCACCUCAGCAUUUCCUUGGGAGUUGCUUCAGAUUUACACUAAGAGAAAUAUGCAGCCCAAACCCUUGGGAUUUUCUUUUCUAAAGCUUUAAUUUAAAUCAACUCUUGAGUAACAACAAAAGUCAGCUGAUGUCCCUCAUAAAGCCUUGGACCCGCAGCAAGGGGUAUGAGGCAACGCUUAAUGGGAGAGAGGCAACUGAUAGCUGCAAUCUUGCAAAAGAUAGUUGCUGAGUGAGUGGCAAUAAACAGCAAAUCCAGCCAGCUCCUCGAAAUGGCAAAUGGACCAGGCUGUUCAGAACAAUCUGUUCCUUCUCCAGAGAAGGGAUGUGGUGCUGGCGGCAGGCUGGGAACGCGGCUAUUCUCGGCGUGAGCUGGUCUGAAACUCUGCCUCAGAAAAAUGGCAGGGCCAAGACAGGCUCAUUACAAGGAGACACGUCCUAAAUCAAAGCAGUCUGCAAGUGGCUUUGAUGGGCUGACUCUUCUCCAGGGAGGCUUGUGCUGAAGGAGCCCUGCUCUGCCUUGUCCCACGGCCCUGCUUGCUGCUGUGUCUAUGGCUUUCUGCUCUGGCUGAUGCUUGGGCAGGAAAACCCUGCUUAUCCACCUUGUUUGGCCGUGUUUGGCCAUGCACUUUACUGCCUCAUACCAUCACCUACUUAAUCAGGCAUUAACAUCACUAACCCAGAAGGAGAGCAGCUAGUGCACCCAGUUUCUUGCCCACUGCUACAAUUGCUGUUGGAAGAGGACACCCCAGCGUGCCCAAGCUUCUCCCAUAAAGCCAAAACUGAAGAGACAGAAAGGCCUGGGGCUGUCCAUAUCAACAGCACACUGGGCUGCACCUCGGGUGCAAUUCCUCCAGGCAUAUUUAUUUCAGUUUUCUUGCUUUCCCUGGGGCUUGUGGGCUCCCCCAGGGUUCUUUCCUCCUGUGCCCAACCCAGCGAUCAAGUGGCCUUCAUUUGGUUUGGAAAAGUAAAGUAAAAGAUAACCUGGAUGCAGAUGGUGCAGAACACCCGUGCAGCAGUUUAAUUAAUUGCCUUUAAAUGUUAAUUCAAAAUAGUUUCCCUGAGUGAUCUUUUAUAGGCAAAUCCUCAGUUGCCUUAAGCCACUUGCAGAGUGAGUUCAACUAGUAAGGUAUUCUUAGUCCUGAUCAAGAGCAUUGCACGGGACGGUAAUCAGGAAUGAUUAAUUGGAAAUAGCUCUUCUAAACCAGGCUGUACCUGCUGUGCUCUCCUGUGCUGCCCAGCUCUACCCAGAGCUGACACAGAGCUGUUCGGGUUCUGUGGGGAAGGAAUUUUCCUCCCUGAUUCCCCCCAUGAUGUCCUGCUUUCCUAGCCACAAACCACCCCUCUCACCUCUCCUCCCAGUGCUCUCCAUCUGCAUCUGGCACAGACCAUUUCCAGCACAGCAUCUAGAUUUGCCAACAGACAUUCCUGGGGAAGAAUGGGAUCUGGGAGGUCACGGUGGGAAUUUAUUAGCUCGGCUUAUGCUUGGAAUAGCCAAGUGUCCUGCCAGACUUUCAGAGCUCUUGCAUUGCACAUCCCACCCUUAAGCAAAAACCCAGCCUCCUGCUUGGGUUUUAUGCUGUAAAAUGGCUGCGUCUCUCCAAACCUGCUGAGCAGCCCUGCUCAGAGCUUUGCUUUGCGAGGCUUUGCCUAAAUCAUAAGCAAAACCCCAUGUUAUCUGCACAGAGAACUCGUCCCAGUCAGGCAAGACCCUGUGUGACAGCAGCUUCUGCGAUAGCCCUGUCCUUGAGUCCUCUGUUCUCUUCUCUUACUCUAGCUAAAGUCGUCCCUCCUGCAGCAGAUGAGUGUUUGCUACAUGCCAGGUUUGACCUCAGGCCAGUGAAACGUUCUGAGGUCUUUUCUUGCUUUCAGAUGGCAGCACAUCCUCAGCUAUUUUGCUUCUGUGUUCCCCCCCCCCCCGGCUGCAGCCUUUGAGCAGUAAUUUAGCACGGUGUACCUGCUGCAGGCGAAGUCAGCAUAGAGAGAUGAAGCAAAUCCAUGUCAUUAGGCUCUGCUGGAGGGGCUGAGCCUGCAGUGGAAAAGAGUUUUACUUUCCCAAAGUCAAGCCCUGGGGAGCUUGCUCCUAAAAUGACCCGUUAAAAACCACCAAGUAACGCCACGGAGUCGGUUCCCUGCUGGAAAUCACAUUUUGCUUGGUGUCAGCAAUUCAGAAGAGACCCAUCUGCAGGAAAUUAUGAUGACAAUUUCCUCUUUGAGUGAAGAGGAAUUACAGCUGUAAUCGAGGAGGCUGUGAACAGCCUCCCUUCUCCUUGCUUAGUACCAAUUCCUCUUAAAACUUAAAGCCAUACGUAGAAACAUCUCUACCCCAUCCCGCUACCUAAAGGCCAUUGCUGCUGCACUCACAGUCUGUCAGGAAAAACAUACCUAGAGGUGAAAACCAGUGACUUUUGUGCUAUUUUGUCAUCUCUAAUGAUAGAUAUGAUGGAUAUGCACUUGUUAUUUUUGCACUGUAGACUUCCAGCGUGAGAACGGUGUCCUGCUGCGUGCUUGUAGAGUCUCUGGCACAUUUGGCUUUGAUUUUGUUGAGGUUUUAAGUGUUAAAUCAGGAAAAUUGCAUCAGAUGUUUGCAGUGUUGUUGCAGAUGCUGGGCAUGAGAGCCUUUUCUCCCAGAAGGGUGUGUGCUGAGGACAGGCAGGCAAGGAGAAGUGAUAUCAUGCAGGGAGAGAAUGGCUCAGCAUUUGAGGAUUAGAUGGUGUGUAUUUUAGUAAACCUUUUCUGUAACAAACACACAGAGCAAAACUCAGGCCAGUUGCAAAAGGCUGCAGGUCUACAACUGUCAAUGCAUUUGCAAUGCUCUUAGGACCAAAACUGCAUGAAGGUUGGUAUGGUUCAUGCACAUACGAAGAUAGCCAUUCUUCAGAGGAAAGAACUAAAACCUGGGGAGAAGAUGUGCUCAUGGGAGGCCAUUCGCAGGCCAAGUCUCGAUAAGAAGACAAAGAUUUGUUGGAUUCAGAUGCUACAGACUAUCUCAUCCUGCUCUGAUUACUGUUCUGCUCAGCCACAGCUUAAAGGUCCAUCCAGACAAUGAAGUCACCCUCAUUCAGAGCAAGUCUGACAGCUGAGCAUUGUUUGGGUGAAAACAAUCUCCUUUAGUAAAAUAAAUGAGUGUGACAGACACAGACUCUACCAAGUCAGAACCCUCCUCAAUAGUUUAAUUUACUGACUUGUUCAUUGCUAAACAAUUGAGAAUUGGUCCAUGGAGAAGGAACACAAAAAGGACAGAUAAUAUGGGCUGUAGUUUGAGGUUGGACUAGUCCAAGCCAAGGGAAAAUAGGCGUUUGAGCCAUUCAGCAGCAUUGUUUCUGGGAAAAUAAUGACCACCCCUGCAGCUCUACCUUUACUCUGGACUGGAGGUUUGGCCUUAUUUCUGCUGAGGGUGAAGAGAAGCAAACUGGAGAGAAGGGAAUCUGCAGUAUGACACAGCCAGGGCCACCGAGACAGAGUGACAGCUUCAUCCCUGGAGACGGUGCUGUUACUAUCCCACGGAGCUGUCACUCAUGCAGGAACAGCACAAAAAGCUCUGGGAGCUUCCCUGGGCCCCUGUGGGACCCUCAGGCUCUGGUGCCUUCUCAGCGUUGCUCUGCUUUUGGUUGAGAUUCUUAUUAUCUAGCGUCACAUUCUGCUUUUUGCCAUGAAAAUCAUUUCCAAUUAAACGCAUCCUCAGAGCCUAUCUGGCUGUGAAUUAGCCUGGAACUUGAUGGCUGGCUUGUUAGCUCAUCAAAGUCUCCAGGCUAACGGGGACGGGCAGCCUCAGGAGUGAUGUGCUGGCUGGGGAUUUUGCUCUCUGCCUUGAACUCACCGCAGCUCUGCAAACCGAGACACGGAUGCCCUUUGCUCACCUUCAGCACUUCUCUAUUCCCCUUCAUCCCGCAGCUGAGUAAGCAGCACGAGGACUACAAAACACAGCCCUGCUGCAGCCUCCAGCUCUAUCUCAUGCUUCUGCCCUCCAGGGAUCGCAGGGUUUGCUGAAUCCCUGGGAAGAAGCUGGACACGCGCUCCAGCUUAUGAGGAAGGGAUUAUCAUAGCUCUUGUGAUUCAGCCCACAGCUCCCGUGUGCAUGGAAAGGAGAGAAGCGGGUAUGAAUCCUUAGUUUGUUCCCUGUAUUGGCUCUGUCCCCGAGUUGGCAGUGCCUGUUCUCCCAAUGGCAGGCAUCUCCAGGGUGUCUGAGUGCUGAGGCAGUGGCAGCGAUGUGGUGAUUGCUGCUUCUCCAUGAGCAAAACAGAUUGAAACUAGGUAUGAUGUCCAGGGAGCUGGUUGCAAGGAAGGGAAGGGAAUGGCAACUCUGUGGCUCUUGACAGUGAAACCCUGGGUUCUGCUUUCCAGUUAGAGCAAAAGGCUUCAAAGUCCCAGGUUAUGGGAUGAUUGAAAUAUUCAAAGGGAAGCAAGAACCAGUAAAACGAGGGUUUCUGCUUGCUGUGGACACGCAGCCAGGGAGACAUCAGAGCACAUGCUUCGGGGCUGGUUUUGGGGCAUGGAAACCCCUUUGGUCCAUGUAAUGGGGGCUCCCAGCACUUCCCUGGCCACCCUCCUUGGUGAUGGUCCCCGUGGAGAACACGUCCACAUUCUGGUGUGAUGUUGCUGUCAUGGUAACCGGGGUCGGACCGGUACCCGCCCUCUGAUGGGUUCUUAACUGCUUCUGUGCUUCCCACUGGAAAUAGGGGCUGUUCUUGGGGAAUAACUGACUGCCAUCGUGGUCCUGCCCCCUGGCUGGAGAGGAGCUGCAGCAUCCUGCAGCAGGGCCUGUCCCCGUGAAGGCUCUAUCUUCCCCUUCCCAAGGUGCCUGCAGGGUGACUGCAGAAUUAGCUGGAAGAAAUGAGGAAGUCGAAGAGGCAAGGACACCCCUCGAGGCAGGACCUUUCAGAUGAGCCUCUGAAGGUGUCAGAAAGGAUGGUUGUGUCCGAGAUCAACAGGCUGCAGAAACAGUUUCGGAUAGCAAUGGAGAAGAGGAAGUCUUACAGUACCAACCUGAAACAGCAAAUACUGGCCCAGGAAAAAAAAAUAGAAUCUCUGACUCAAGAACAGAAAGAGGUGUCACUAACAAUAGGCCAGAUCAUGUCCCCAAAAAAUAGGAUGCUGGAUGACAGAAAUUGCAAAGAGGCCCAAUACCUUUUGCAGAUCAGAUAUCAGUAUGAUUGUCUGAUUAGAGAAAGAAAAGCACUGUUAGCUGUCCUGGACAACCAGAUAGAAGAGCUGGAAAAAAAGGUUGUGAAGCAAAACCUGAUAGCAAGCAAGGUGAAGCAAGCAAACUGUAGCAAACAGCUGCAGAAGCAGAUUGACACACUGGAGAUGCGUCUGUACAAUGCCAAUGUCCAUUUCAAUACCAUCCUGGCCAAAAAUGACAAGCUUCGAGAAGAGAUUGAAAGCCUGCAAAUCCAGAAGGCUGUUUUGGACAACUUCUACUUCAAGCUCCAUACAAAGCUGGAUCAGCAGAAGAAAAGGAUGAACACUGCUGUUGAGCAAACCACACAAGCCUACGAGCAGCUGUCAGAGGCCCAGACAAGGAUUGCAGCCAUGAUCGAAAGGCACAAGACAGACACUGCCCAGUACCACAUCGAGAUGCAGGAGCAGGAGCGUAUCCUUGCACGGGAGACCAAAUUGAAAGCCUUCAUGCUUGCCAGAUUUACUGAUCGCUCUGAACUGGAGGAACAGGCCAAAAAGAAAAGAGACUUGAAAGCAGCCCAGAGGGCCAAGAAGAGCGGAGGGGAGUGCUUUGAGACUUGGGAAGUGGCUUACAAACGCCUGCUGGAGCUGGCAGAGGAUGGGAAUGUCGACCAGCUGCUGAGUAGCUUCGUCGAGAAGGAGCAGAAGAGCUUCGCCUGCUUCCUCUAUGCCUCUGAGCUCAAUGACGAUAUGCAGAAGUUGCAGAGGAAGAUCAAGGAACUCCAGCUUGAAAUUGCAUCCCUCAUGAAGGGUCAGAAGCAUGCAAAGACCAAGAGCUUUCAUCUCGUGAAGGAGCUGGAGACAAAUCUAACGGAAAGCACCGAGGAAGCCAACUGCUACGAAGACCUGUGCAAAGAGAGAAGCAAAAUCCUGGGCCAGCUCAAAUCCAGCAUGGAAAUCCUGAUCAGAAAAAUCGACUGCGACACUACGGACAUAAUGAAGCAGCUUGGAGAAAAAGGAGAGAUCACGGAUCUGAACCUGAUGCAGUAUUUUGGUCUCAUGGAGAAGAAGACCAAUGAGCUCCUGCUGCUGGAGUCCAUCCUGCGCUACACACUGACUGAAGGCACCUCUCUGGACCUGCCCUUCACCAACCCACUGCUGGGAAGCCCUGAGCUCCUCCAGGAGAUCAACUGGUCCCAGAUCUGCCCACCACCUCCCACCCUGAAUGACAACAACAACGCCAUUGAUGCCUUGGAGGUGCCUCUGGACCACAGUCAGCUCUGUCAGAUGGUUCUCCAGAACCACAAGAAGGACUGGGACAACGCUGCUGGUACAGAUGAGAACACACCAGGGAUGGAAUAAAUAGUUUUACUCUUGA